AUGCCCACUACCAACGGCAACAACGCUGCUAGCGAGCCGCUCGAGGCCAUCUGCCGUUGCCUCUACCUAAUCUUCACCGGCCCGUCGACGAACGCGCAGCUCAUUCAGCACGGCAACGACAUCCUCGCCUGGUACUCCAACCCGGCCGUGACGGGCGACGCAGAGGCCGUCUACCAGCUGGACACGGUGCGCGACGUCUGGAAGGCCGAGCUUCCCAAGGAGGCAGACGCGGAGACCCUGGGAACAAUGCAGAGCCUGCGGGAGCGGAUUCAGGAGGCGUCGGACAAGGUUAAAAUCGAGUAUAUUCGAAUCAUGCCUGGAUACACAGCUGGUCAGAUACGCGGCCUCCUCGCGGGCCUGAGGGCCAAACAUGGCCCUGGAUCCGCGGCGCCAACGGACCUGGAGCUGCAGAUCAUGGCCCACCAGCUCAUGGUGUACUACCACCACUGGGACGGGCUGGACGAUCAGACCAAGCGUGAUCUCGACUACGCGUACUACGUUUGGGAGCAAAAGGUGUUCGAGGCUGGCCCGGCGGAGCACCUGCGGCAAGUGGCUGCCGAGCUGACGGCGAAGCAGUUGGCCUGCUCGAGAUGA